GGGACUUUAGUGAGUUGAGUAAUAGGGACAUAGUGAAGCAAUAUCCUCUGGGGAACACUUUCUAAGUGCCUGGAGUCUGAUUGGCUAGUGACAUUUCCACAGGAAGCCACAAGGGCUUCUAUGUUGUCCAGAAAGCAUUUUUUCAGGCCUCACUUCUACCCAGAAGUUUCUGAAGGUUUCUCCAGAGGCAAAGGGCAACACAAGAUCCCCAAGUCCAUCGUUCCAGGAGUCAACAAGUAUAAGGUCCAUGAUGUCGUCUAACCUCAUUAUGGAGCUGAGCACCAUGAUCCCAACUCAUUCUGAAAUGCUCCAAAAUCAUUCUGACCAGCCUUCUGGGAACAGUACCUCACAUAACAGCACAAAUGAUGCUUUCGAUGAGUUUGUGAGAUGCCUUACCCUGUUCACGUGCAUUUGUGGAGUAAUAGGGAAUGGAAUUGUUCUCUGGCUUCUUAGUUUCCACAUUAAAAGAACACCCUUCUCAUUCUAUGUCCUCAGUUUAGCCGCCAGUGAUUUUACCUACCUCUUCUUGGAAGUCAUUUGGGUAAUCAAUUACCUGCUAUAUCGUCCGAUGUUCCAAAAUAUUGUCAAUUUAUUAACAAACAUGGGUCUACAUGUCACUUUCACAGUUGGUCUGGGCCUAUUGGCAUCAAUCAGCAGUCAGCGCUGUCUUUCUAUUCUCUUCCCAAUAUGGUACCGAAAUCAUCACCCAAAGAGGGGGCCUAUGGUAGUGUGCGGCAUACUUUGGCUUAUGUCUCUUCUACUAAAUCCACCCAAGGUUUACUACUGUGUGGUAAGGAUGGAAGAGCUGCCUCCUUCUGGCUGUGACCUAAUGAGUAAAUUAUCAGGGACACUGAUGCUUUCGAUGCUCAUAUUAAUGACUUUGUCCAGCCUGAUUCUCUUCAUCCGAGUCUUGUGGAGUGCCAAGAGAUAUAAGCCCAAAAAACUGGUCAUUCUCAUCCUGCUGACGGUCUCUGUGUUUCUCCUCUGUGCUGUCCCUCAUGGCAUCAAUCACUCGGUUUUCAAUUGGAGAGCGAUGUACAACCACACCUUCCAUGAGAUCUCCUACUUCCUGUCUUGUGUGAACAGCAGUGCCAACCCCCUCAUUUACUUCUUUAUCGGGAGCCUCAAACAUCAGAGACUGAAGGAGCCCCUCAGGGUGGUUCUCCAGAGAGCCCUGAGAGAUGACAGUGACCUGACUGAAGACAGAGGGACUUCAUCCAGAACAGAUACCACAUUGGAUGCUCCAUCAUGAACCUGCGUGACUUGCUGCAGAGACUUUGAAAGGAGGGACUCUGUUUCUGAGGAUUCUUUUCUUCAGCUUAACCCUAGUCCGAGCCUUUUCCUCACAAGAAAAGCAAAUAAAACUUUCCUUCUUAUUCAACCAAUCAAUGAGCUUAUUCAGUGUCUACUAUAUGCCAGAUACUAUGCUGGUUCUAGGGAUCCAAAGGAAAAAAAAGCAGGCAAGCCUUGCCUUCGAGCAGCUUAUAUUUUAUUAGGUCAGGCAGACAUGUGUGUAGAUAUAUCUGUAUAUGUAUAUGUCUCUACAUAUGUAUGUAGAUACAAAACAGAUGCGACAGAAAUAAAUAAAUGCAAAUUUGGGGAAGAAAAGGCACCAGCAGCUGGUAGGAUCAGGCAAGAUCUUAUAGAAGCUGCUGCCUAGAUGAAUCUUGAAGGAAACUAGGAAUUCCAAGAAGGGAAGUUGAGGAGGAAGUACAUUCAACAUAUAGGGAAGAGCCAGGGCGGAGUCAGAGAUACCAGGUAUAGCGUAUGAUCUGUGGGAGUGAUGAGGAAAUGAAUUCCAAGAAUGGGAGGAGGCAGUACAAAGGCAGGGGAGAGGGCGAUGCACCGUCAUGGGUGACAUAGAAUGAAUACGGGAGUUUGAUUCCCAAGAGAGUCUGGAAAGGGCAGGAAGCCGAUAGGAUCAUAGAUCUAUAACUGGCCAGGACUUGAGAGACCAGCUGGCCCAGUGCCCUCUCUAGAUACCUUAUUUAUGUGUUGAUGCACGUACUAGAUAGACUACGAAGGACGCGGAAUCCUAAUGAAGUGAUCGGUUCGUGAAGUUAGUUCAUUAGAAGUUAGAUUGAAGUUAGUGACUUGUCCAGGGUCACAAGGGAAUGUCAGCAGUUGGGUAAGUGAAGUGGAGGCAUGCAUGUCUGUGUUUUCAUAUUUGAUCUCCCUGGAGGCGACUUUCUCUUUGAUGGCUGAAGUGUUUGUUUGUUUUCUCUCAUCUGAAUCCUGGACGGUGGUAGAGUAUCUAGAGAGCCAAGACUCUGGAUACCAUCCUCUUGCCUAUGGAGCAGAAGCCCAGGCAAGCUGCAAAUGAUCUCAACAGAAGGAUGAGAUGAAUAAUACAUGUUGAUAUUAAUUGUUAUGGCGAUCAUAUUUAUAAGAUGCAAUGAUUGAUGUUAAUAAUUGAUAACAAUAGCUAGGCUUUAUAUACCCCUUUACAUUUCACAAAGGUCAUUCCUUAGGUUAUCCCAUUUUAUCUGUACAACAGCUUAGAGGACUCAGGUGCUUUUGUUAUCUGCAUUACAGAGGAGGAAACUGAGGCUUAGAAAAGUUAAGGGAAGAGCUUGCUCAUACAGCUAAUAAGGAUAUAUAAAAUGGGAGAUGCCGAGAAUGGAAGUGACUGGUCCAAGGCCAUACGUGGAGGAGUUAGCACAUUAGAGACUCAAACCAAAUCCAUAUAUCUUAUCAUGAGGAAAAAUGAAGACGUUUCUGGGCUUAUCUCUGAAAUGGAAGGAAAGGAAGAGCCGGCCUGCUCUCAUCUCUGCUUUCACAUUUCCUCAAACUUGUCCCUGUCCCGUGCCCCAGUGGGCUUGGUGGAUGUACAGGCAUUCCUUCUCCCAUCACCGUCUUCCCCCAUCAUGGCUUCAAUAUAUCAUGAAUCAACGUGCGAAAUGAAAUGGGGAGUUUUGGAGGUUUCGCAGAAGGUGCAGAAGACGCGUUAAGGUCAGCAGACGACACAGAAGGAGUUUAGUUCUUCGGUCUAUGGCCAAAUACUUGUCCCCAAUUUUACAAUAAAAAGAAAAGGAAAAACAGUGCAACUUUCUUCUCUGCUAUGAGGGGAGGCCUGAAAAAAUAUCCUGCUAACCCGGGUCAAGGGGCGCCACACGGAAGGCACACCCAGCCUUUUGUGUUCAGACCUGAAAGGCACGGAGGGGGCCAGAAAGAGCGUAUAUUGGGGGAUCUGGAGUAGAUCGAAGGGCGCAUUCAGUGAAGAAAAGAAAACCUGGACUUUUCCUUGAUGGUUUUUGUGUGUUUUCACAGCUGCUGGCAAUAGAUCUGUCAAGCUUAUGUCGCCAGAACUCUCCCUCUCCCACUCUAAAUGCACCCCGUUCUAGCACCCGACUCCUAGAGCAUUAGAACAUGGAACAGGGCUCCAAGAGCUCCAGGGCUCCAUGGAGGACUCCGCUAGGGACUUGCCGUCAUUCCUGUCAAGAGCAGCGCUAAAGCCUAUGUUGUUGCGAGCGCUUGUUCCUACGUUUUCAUCCCUCUCGUUGAUUGACAUAUUAAAAUGUUUGGGAAAACCAA